UCGGAGAAGGCUAUGCAGCUGUGCCCUUACGCCGGUUAAGGACCAGGAGCAAGCAAUGAGAGCCUCUGUACACGUGGUGUUUUACUCAUGUCUCGUUCAUAUUGUCCUUCAAACGCACGCCACGGACAUCGGCGCUCAGGAGUUGCCGCAAGAGGAUGGCAGGUAUGAAGGAAAGUACAAAUACACAGUACGCUCCCGAGACCGCCAUGGCCGAUGCAUCUGCACGGUUAUGGCCAAGCAAAAAGACUCAUGCUCAGAGGAAGAUAAUUUCAACAAACUGAAAGAAUUGGACGAAAAACUCAAAAGUGUAAAUGUCACUUUACAACUAUUGAAGAUUAGAACGGAGGAUAUUCCUUUGAAAAUCGCCAACCUCACCAAACGCUUCGACGUCAUCGAGAAACAAUUAGCUCGCCAGUCGCUGGAAAUCACCUUAUCAGACGCAGAAUCGAUUCGUAGUGACCUGAGCGAGCUCACAGACAUGGUUGAAAAGAUUGAGAAAGAUGAAUACUACUAUUUCUAUUUCUACAACAGAGAUGGGAACUUUUUAGGGAACCUGGAGACUAAGCUGUUUAAAAUUUCAAGCGAGCUGGACAGCGUGAGGAUAAAAAACCCACUGGCGAUAAAUACGGACCUCACGGCAAGGGUCCAAAGCCUACAAGGCCGGCUGGAAGUAUGUCGGAGUUAUUACGACCAAAAAGCGGGGUCAUCACCUUUCCGAGGAGACGCGGUCGCCGUGGAGAAAAUCGACAAGUCUAUUUGCAAAAAGCGCCGAGGUAUAGCGUUAGACCAGCCCAUAACCCACACGUGGAUGGAAGGACUGAAGGCGGGGGCCUGGUUCAAGGAUCCGCUCCCGCGCGAUGACGCCUCCAAAAAGAGAGUGUUUUACAUGGUGACGCAGUACCAUACCCCCUCGCAGAAAGGAAACUACGUUUACGGCUACGAGAACUAUACAGACUUCAUUGGGGGCGAGCUCUCAAGGCAAGCUGUCUAUCCCAUCAUUUUCUUUUCGGGUACUGGGUCGGUUGUGUAUAAUGGGUCUUUAUAUUACGCAGAUUAUGACACUUCCUUGAAAAGGUACGACCUGUCCCGGGGGACUGUCGUCGCUCGCAAUCACAUCCGCCACUCCUCACUUUACCUGUACAACAGAGGAGGGCGCACGUACAUAGACCUCAACGUAGACGAAAAAGGGAUGUGGGCGGUGUAUACCACCGACAAAGACAACGGCUACCUCAUCAUCAGCAAACUAGACCCCGAUAACUUGUCAAUCCUCAAAACGUGGCGCACAAAUCGCCUGAAAACCACUGUCAGCAACGUUUUCUUUGUCUGCGGUGUCAUGUACACCAUGGAUUCUUACCAAUUCCGGCUGCCAGGGGAGAAGCAGUACGUGUUUGACACUGAAACAGGCAAGGAGUAUUACCAGAAGAUUGCAGUGCCUAGCAAAUACGGCGCCAUUUACCAGUUAAGUUACAAUCCCAGAGAAAGAAUGAUUUUUGCCUGGGACAACGGGCACCUGCUUACCUACCCACUGCAGUUUUUACCCGACUUCUCCUAAAUAGUCCCUUUUAAUGUUUUUUUCAGGAUCAAACUCGGUAUGCUGUAAAACGAUAUGAAAUCGAACAAUCGAAAAGACAAUGAUAUCUUAAAUAUGAGUAAAAUAUAUAUACAUAAACACUAAGCCGAAAAUGCCUUUUGAGGUUGUUCCAAAUAUCACUUGCAGCAUAUAGAAGUUUCGUGACUGGUUACACAUGCUCCGAUUAUUCAGUGUUUUAAGCAGUGUAAAGGAAAAGGCCACUGUACAUGUCUGCAGCAGGGCGCUGGUCUUACGAGGAUGUCAUAUUGUUCUGCAGGCCUACCAGCAAAUCAUGGCCGUAUAUGGCGUUACUUUGAACUACCAUUUUACAUCAGAACUGUUUGUAAUAAAGACCACAUCACGUGUAAAUAUAUGAUAAAUUCAUAGUAAUGUAAACAGCCUAUCCCCGAGGUCCUGCAACUGGAAUGGUAAUGGAGUGUGUUUGGUGAGAUGCAUGAGGCAAUAUUUAAAUGUGAUCGGGGAUAUGUUUUUUUUUUUCUUAUUUAUCAGCUCCCCACCAGUCUUGUUAUAGGUUUAAAUAGGCUGUGUGUGUGUGUGAGCAAUUUAUAAAAUGUAUAAAUAGCUUGAGUUCACAACGAGACUUUAACAGACUAUUUGCCAAAAUAAUCAGGGACCUUUAAAACAGGCAAAGUAUGGACGUUAUUUAUAAUUAUAUGCGUUUUACAUGUUUAAAUUAAGAUUUUAUAUAAUAUUUGUUGAUAUAUUUACAUCGUUUUGCAAAUCUGCAUAUUUAAAGCAGUGUAGAUGUCUGUAUAAACACUUCACUUUAUCAUUCACGUUUAUACUGUUUUGGCUUAUUGGAUAAGUACAGAAUUUUUUGCCGUAAUUUGGAACUUACUGAAAAUGUAUGAGCACAAUUAACGAAU